CAGGAGCUUGAGGCGAAGAUGGAAGUGAAGCAUGACCGACUGUCCGAGGAACCUUAUGAUCAGCUGAAAGUGAAAUCGGGACCGAGGGAGACGCCUCAGAACCCUGCCCGAGGGGCUUCUCCUAACUUGUACAGUGCUGCAAAGAAAAAGGAUUACACCGUCUCAGUCUAUCUCAAUAACAGGGGCAAAAGCGAGCAUUCGCAGCAGAAGUGCAUCGUGGGUUUUGCCCUUGUGUGCUGUUUCGCUAUUUCUGUCGCUCUGAUAUUUUCAGCUGUGGAUAUUCCAGGCAGCGGCAAUGACAUGGAAGACAUUACCGAGGACAACUGCAAUAGGAAUUGUCGGGUUCAUCUUGUUGAAAAUAUUCCAGAUGGGCUGGACAAUACUGACAACAACACAAAGCACAUUUCCUUGUUCCAGGGCUGGACCGAGUUGCUGGAUGCAGCAUUGCACAGUGUUGAUAUUGUCUCUUCCAAGUGGGCUCUAAAACAUGGUGAUCUGGAACAAAACCAUUCGCUAAGUCACUGGGGUGAGAAGAUAUUUGAGAAGCUGCAGGACUUGAAGACUCGUAACAUAGGCCUGAGAAUCCCGAUUAAUAAAUUCCAAUUUGGAUCCCAGGAAGCGACAAAUCUGAAAGUUAACGGUGCACUAGUGAAAUACAUAAAUAUGACUCCCAUUAUUGGCGGUGAGCUUCGUUCUUCUUUUUGGGUGGUGGACAGGAAGCACAUCUACAUUGGCAGUGCCCACAUGGACUGGCGCUCUCUGUCGCAGAUGAAAGAGUUGGGUAUCAUCAUGUACAACUGCAGCUGCCUCGGCUUAGACCUGCACAAAGUCUUCUCUGUGUAUUGGCAGCUGGAGUACCGAGACUCUCCACCUGAAAUCUGGUCAAAGAAGCUCUUCGGUAUUUCCAGCAUGCAUUCCCCCCUCAACCUACAGCUGAAUGGGUUUGAAGCCGAUGUCUAUCUAGCUACCUCUCCUGAACCUUUAUGCCCCAGUGGCCGCACCAAAGAUAUCGAUGCUGUUCUCAGGGUUAUUGCCAAUGCUCAGAAGUUCAUAGACGUGGCUGUCAUGGAUUUUCUACCCCUUGUCAAUCGCAGUAAUGCUCAGAGAUACUGGCCUCUGAUAGAUAAUGGCCUGCGGGAAGCUCUGUUUCUGCGGAGAGUCAGGGUGCGAAUGUUGGUCAGCUGCUGGAAAGGAACCUACUUGCCAAUGCUCAACUUCCUAUGGUCCCUGAAAAUGUUCUGCAGUGAGCCCAUCAACUGCAGCUUCGAAGUGAAAUAUUAUGGAAUUCCUGCUUCUGAAGGGGAUAAGAAGGUCCCAUUUUCCAGUGUCAAUCGCAACAAAUACAUGGUGACAGACAAAGCAGCAUACAUCAGUACGUCCGACUGGGUUGGGGACAACUUUGUGAAAAACACGGGAGUGAGCCUGGUCAUUGAACACAAACAGAACAGGAGGAGACUGAGCAAGGCCACAGUUCUCGAGGAGUUAAAGGCUGUGUUCGAGAGAGACUGGAACUCCAAAUAUGCCCAAAAUUUGGAAAUAAAUAUCUUUCCGGAAUGCUUGGAACUUCAAACCUAUCAGCGCAAACCACCUUCAUUUAAUCUGGGGUGAAUCAAUACCAUUGUUUUGAGAUAUGCGAGUGAAGGGAGAAAGAAUGUGAUCAGAUGUACUGGAAGUUUUCACUUUGGGUUUGAAUUAAAGGUAGCCAUCUUACCAUGUCCACUUCAUCCAAAAAAUAAGCCAAAUGUU